AUGACAGGGAAAAUUGGAGAAAAGAUCAAAAUGCCACCAUUACAAAAGGACACAGCUCUUCAACAAAGACUGCAUCCGACCAACAACUUAGAUGAACAAAAUUCAAAAGACCAAAUAAAAAAAAAUGGAUAUUUCGAGCAAGAUUUGGUAUGGCCAAAUGUGAUUGUAUAUAUACUUCUUCAUUAUUUGUUUAUUUUGGCAGUCUGGAGACUUUUAACUGGCCAAAUGAUGUUUGCAACUUUCCUAUUUAAUUUUAUCUACCUCAUAAUUUGUAUCGUUGGUGUCACUGGUGGAAAUCAUCGACUCUGGUCUCACAGAGCUUACAAAGCAAAACUGCCGUUAAGGAUAUAUUUAAUGUUACUGCAAUCAGCUUCUAUCCAGAAUAAUAUUUACAUUUGGGCUAGGGACCAUAGAUUACACCACAAAUACACAGACACUGAAGCCGAUCCCCACAACUCAAACAGAGGAUUCUUCUUCUCUCACGUUGGAUGGUUAUUAAUGAGGAAGCAUCCUGAAGUUAAAAAUAAAGGACAGACCAUUGACAUGAGCGAUGUUUUGGCUGACCCUGUGGUUCAAUUUCAGAUGAAAUCUAUCAAUCCAGUAGAAAAUCCGUCUGUUUCGUUGAUUACCUUAGGCGAAGGCUGGCAUAACUAUCACCAUACCUUUCCAUGGGACUACAAAGCUGCCGAACUUGGAAACUAUAGGCUGAACGGAACUACUGGAUUUUUGGACCUAAUGGCUUAUCUUGGCCAAGCGUACGACCUUAAGACAGUGUCGCCGGAUAUGGUCCGAAAACGAAUUGCGAGAACAGGAGAUGGAUCACAUGAACACGGUAAACUUCCUUUGGAGAAUGGUAAUACGCAAGAUCACCACGACUUAAAUGAGAAAGUGGUUUGGGGCUGGGAUGACAAAGAUAUGAAACCUGAAGAUAUUAAAGACGUUACUAUAAAAUUCAAAAGUCGCUAG